AUGUCCUUUAAUAACCUUUCGGGAGAAAUCCCACCACAAAUUGGCCUAUUGACCCAUCUUAAGGUGUUGGACCUAAGUGAAAAUCAGCUCUCUGGCAGCAUUCCCCUAGAAAUAGGGAAUUUGAAGUCUCUUGUUUCUUUAGGCAUACAUAUAAAUCAUCUUUCUGGCUCCAUACCCAAAUCAUUAGGAACUCUAAGCAACAUAUCUGUCCUAGAUUUAUAUAUCAAUCAACUUUCUGGCACCAUUCCAGAAGAAUUAGGAAAUUUGAAGUCCAUAAUUGAACUUGAUAUCAGCAUGAAUCAAUUAAAUGGUACUGUUCCAAUUUGCUUGGGCAAUUUGAGCAACUUAGAAUGGUUAUCCCUCCGCGAGAACCAAUUUUCUGGUCCCAUUCCUCAACAGAUAGGAAAUCUAACAAAGCUGGUUGUGCUACAGCUAGAUAGAAACAACUUCACAGCAAAUUUUGCCGGUUUUUUGCCUCAAAACUUAUGCCAAAGUGGUUCUCUUCAAUACUUUGCUGCAGUUGACAACAACCUCAUAGGUCCAAUUCCGAAAACUUUAAGGAAUUGCACGAGCUUAAUUAGAUACCGCCUUUCGAAUAACCAAUUCUUUGGAAAUAUAUCUAGAGAUUUUGGUGUCUAUAGUAACCUGCAAUUCCUUGACCUAAGCUACAAUAGAUUUUAUGGUGAAAUCUCACACAAUUGGGGUAGUAGUCCACAACUAACUACCCUAUGGAUUAGGGGGAACAAUAUAAGUGGAGGCAUACCACCUCAAAUUGGAAACUUGAUUCAACUCCAUGAACUUGAUUUUUCUUAUAAUGGGCUAGCUGGGAAGAUUCCAAAGGAAUUUUGGAAGCUAACUUCUUUGGUGGAGCUGGAGUUGAAUGGAAAUCAACUUUCUGGUGAUAUACCUUUGGAGCUUGGAUCAUUAACUAAUCUUGAGUAUCUGGAUCUAUCCAAUAAUAGAUUCGACAAGUCAAUCCCUAGAAAUAUAGGGAACCUUUUGAAACUAUACCAUUUGAAUAUGAGCAACAACAAGUUUAGCCAUGGCAUUCCAGUUCAAAUGUUCAUUUUAUCCCAUUUGUCCAAGCCAGAUUUGAGUCAUAACUCACUUGAAGGAGAGAUACCUUCACAAAUUGACCAUCUUCAAAGCUUGGAGAUGUUGAAUGUCUCUCAUAAUAACCUAUCUGGUGUUGUUCCAAUUGCUUUUGAAGAAAUGCGCGGCUUGUCCUAUGUGGACAUAUCUUAUAAUAAGUUGGAGGGUCCUCUUCCUAAUAGCAAAGCAUUUCAAAAUGCUUGCAUAGAAGCACUACAAGGUAAUAAAGGGUUGUGUGGAAAUGUUACGGGAUUGCAACCAUGUAUGGCAGGAAGCCAAGUUUCAAAGAAGGGGUACAAAAUCAUUUUCUUAAUAAUUUUUCCUCUUUUGGGAACACUUUCACUUGUAAUGAUGUUUCUUGGAAUUUUCUGCAUUUAUCAAAGAAAAAGGAAGAACCCUCAUGCAAACCAAGCAAAUAACAUGCACAAUGAACAGGUGUUUUCGAUAGCAACUUUCGAUGGAAGAGCAAUGUACAAGGAAAUCAUUGAAGCAACCCAGGAUUUUGAUGCUAUGUUUUGCAUUGGAAAGGGAGGACAUGGAACCGUCUAUAAAGCAAAUCUACCAUCUGGAAACAUAGUGGCAGUGAAGAAACUCCAGUCCUUGGGUGAUGGUGAGAUUGCACCAAAAAAAGAGUUCUUCAAUGAGAUAAGGGCAUUAACAGAAAUCCGACAUCGAAAUAUUGUUAAAUUGCAUGGCUUUUGUUCACAUUCACGAUACUCAUUUUUGAUUUAUGAGUACCUUGAAAAGGGUAGCUUGAACACAAUUUUGACCAAUGAUGGAGAAGCUAAAGAAUUGGACUGGAAUAAGAGGGUGAACAUCAUCAAAGGUGUGGCUCAUGCUUUGUUUUACAUGCACCAUGAUUGCUCACCACCAAUUGUUCAUAGGGAUAUAUCAAGCAAAAAUAUUUUGCUGGACUCUCAAUACGAGGCUCAUGUUUCAGACUUUGGCAUAGCUAAGCUUCUUUAUCCAGACUCAUCCAAUUGGACUUCACUUGCCGGCACAUAUGGAUAUGUUGCACCAGAGCUUGCUUAUACAAUGAAGAUAACUGAGAAAUGUGAUGUUUAUAGCUUUGGAGUUUUGGCUAUAGAAGUGAUCAAAGGAAGACAUCCUACUGAAAUGAUCCCCAUCCUAUCUGCUUCAAUCAUGGGGGAGAAUUUAUUGUCGAAAGAUUUGUUAGACAUACACCUUCCACCUCCCACCCUUCAGGUUGAGAGUCAACUGAUAGUCAUCAUAAAGCAGGCAAUUGCAUGCUUGCAAGCUAAUCCAGAAUGUAGACCAACUAUGCACCAUGUUUCUCAACUAUUACCAACCCCAAAUCCACUUUCCUAAGGUCACACAGUCUCACCAGGACGAGCAAGGAUUAGGAUA